AGCGCGCGCGCGGGCUGGGCUGCCCAACGCUUACAGUCGGAGCGACAUGGACGACCUGGGCGACCUGGGCGACUUCCAUGUCCCCAUUGGGCGGGCGGGGAUGGGGGAUCGAGGUUUCUUCCUCUCCCAUGCUGACGCGACUUCACCCACCACUCCUCCUUCUGCACACGAUUACGCCGACGGCAGUGAGAAUUCCACCUCUGGAGAUCGAGGGCGAAGCAUGGGUGUGUGGGGAAGCGAUUCUCUCCCCUCCCCCCCCGGCCACGCCUUCCAACCUCAAAGAGUCCGGGAAGUCGCCGACACCGCGAUAGCUGGCAGCUCCUCCUCCCCCUCCUCGGGCUUUUGCGGGGUGGGCUCGACUGCCGCGAGAUCCGACCGAGAGGCGACGGCGGAGGAAGAGGAGGAGGAGGAGGAGGAGGAGAACGCCUGCGAUGCCCUUGAUGAGAGCCUUGUGGGCAAUGGAAGGGUUCCGAGGGGGCGACUAGGGGCGGACGAGAAUAUAUGUCCGACCUGCGGCACUAGCGCAGGUCUGGCUCGAAUAGCUCACAAGACGUGCGAUUUCUUUAGGCGCCAGUACAGCUACGAGACGCCGGAGCAGAGCGGCAGACAGCGCGAAGGGCCCGGAGCAAGGGAGGACGGAGGCGCUGCGGCCGCCGCAAUGGGUGGCGACGGAGAAGGAGGCGGAGGUGGAGGAAGAGGAGGAGAUGAUGAGAGUGCUUGUGCAGCAGGAUUUGGCGGGAAAUGCUGCUAUGGAAGACCAUCCUCGGUGCGUCACGGGCGGACUGUGCUUGUUUUUCGUCGAUUGUGUGGAAGAGUACCGGUCCAUGGCCGUGAGGCGGGAAGCGAUGUCGGGAAUUGCGAUCCCUCCAGAAGCCGCGGUGACGGCGACCGCGAGGGCGACUGCGGGGGGAUCGAAUCUUGUAGAAAGGAUAGGGAGAGUACGCCAGGCAGCGGGGGCACACGGAAGAAGAAGAGGGUAGGGUUUAAAGAAGAACCAGGCAGUAUAUGGAGAGAUGAAUGUAGGUCAAGGAGCUUGAGAGAAGAUAGCACUCGGAUGCGGGACCUGGCAAUGAAAUUGGUCUCGAGUCAGAUUCUCUCAAGAUGUCAGAAAACAGAAAAAGGAGAGCGCGCAGGAGGAGGAGGAGAGGGAAGGUCCAUGGCGACAGACAGAGAAUCGAAUUUUUCGUCGAGUUUGUGGAAUGGGAGCAGCAGGUGGAAUCUUCGAUGGCAGAAGCUGGCCGUCGUUUUCUGCGUCAUUUUGGGAUUGACAAUUACGGCUUGUUUGUUCGGGAAGCUUUUUGUGGCCGGGAAAAAAACGCGGGAAGAGAAGUUCCAGAGAGUGUGUAAUCAGCACGCCGAGAUCUUGAGAAGCGAGGUCCUUCACAGCAUCCAGGGUGUUAAAAUGCUCGUCGCCGUUAUUCGUCAGUUCGCGGUGAACAAGUAAUUGAUGUCGAUCUCCCCCUUCCCGUCCACCCACGCUCUCCCUUUCCCUUCUCCCCUCUCCUCUCCUCGCCUCUCCUCUCCUCUCCUCUCCUUUCCUCUCCUUUCCUCUACGGUAAACCCCACGCUCUCCCUGCUCCUUCUGUCCUUCUGUCCUUCUGUCUUCUCUCCUCUCCUUCUCUCCUGCUCUCCUUCUCUCCUCCACUCAUCUUCUCCUGUUUGCUGUGAACAAGCGCUUGAUCCCCCCUUUCCGAG